AUGCGGCCAUCAAUGCGCCUUCCUCUGCGAGAGGCAAAGUUUGUCUGCUCUAGCUGCAGAAUCGCUGCUGCACCCCGUAUCUCGCCGCUCGGUCAAUUCCGCCACUAUGCCUCCAACUCCCCCGGAUUCCUCGAGCGCACUCGGCGCAGACUCUGGGGCACCGACACACCUCCCGGCCAAGCAGACCCCUACUCUGGAAGUCAAAUCAUGCCUGGAUCUGCUAUGAGCCCGGCCGAAGCCCAAACAAAACCGGCAGAGGAGGAGUUCAGUCUAGCCAAGAAUGGGGAAACUCAAACAAAAACCGAAGAAACCGAAUUCGUGAACUUGGAGGAUAUGCCCAAGAUUGGCUACCUGAAGGAACAAGAAUGGCGUCUUAAGGGCCCUAAUGAGAAGGUCGAUGUUGUUAAGCCAUGGUACAACAACCCCCAGCGCUUAUCUCACAGCGAGGCUGUGCACCAAGCUGUCGUGGAGAUUGGUCUGUCCCAAAUGAUGGGUAAAGAUAUUUCAGGACUCAAUUUCGAUGAGCAUCGCAAGAAGAUUCGGGCGACCAAGAUCUCAGGACAGGGUGAACAAUGGGGCGACCGACUCCGAUUUACUAGCGAGAAAUCCAUGCGCCAUUUGCUCCGUUUUGUAGGGGGGCAUGAGACGGAAACCGCUUUCAACGCCGCCAUCGAGAAAUUAAAGGACGCCGGAAAGCUCGACAACCGCCUGUACGACGCGAAGGUCCCGGGCUCAAUUCAGAGCAGCCUUAAGUCUCUCCCGCUGACUGAUGGACAAGUCAAGUUUGAUUUCUUCUCUCGCCUGUCCAAAUUGACCUCCCAGCGCAUUUCCGACUCCGUCAUCACCUCUUCUACCACCAUUGGAGAAGUCUUCACCGCACACAAGGCCUUCCUCAAAACGACAAACCGUCUGAACCCCACACUUCUUCACCGGAAGAUGGACCAGAACGGUACCGCUGAACUGUCCAAUGUCAAAAUCUUCGACGUUCGUCAAACCCGCCACGACAAUGACGAAGACCUCGGCCGCAAGAAGGCCAUUGUCACUGCUCUCUAUUCAAGUGGUUUGAUUAAGAGGGCUCUGAAGAAGAAGGUGCCCAAGAGGACGACCUAA